AUGUGCAACGCCGUUGGUGUCCUCCAAGCAACCGCCUCUCCUUGCGAAUUUGGGAAGAUUUCGAAGGAGGUAUUGGACGAAACAAAUACUGAGUUAUAUGCGAAGACUUUGGCGGGUUUGUGUAAAGAUAUCGAUAUUUUAAUAGAGUCAAUGCCAUCGGAAGAGAAGUCGGAAGAGGCGGCCUCAGAGGAGAUGGCGUUUAUGGAUUUAGAACACAAACAGGUAGAGGAAUCUUUUUGUGCAAAAUUUCUCUAAUUUAGUUGACAGAAGAACUAAGGAAGCAGUCCGAAGAGGUCGAUCAAUUGGUGGGGAGGGUCUCAGAGGAAUUAAUGGAGUUAUCGAAGUCUCAGAUGUCUUCCAGACCCACUCAUUAA